ACACGCAUUUCAUAUGUGAAAAUUUUUUUGAAAAUUUGGCUUUUUUGUUCAAAAAUAAAAUUUAUGAUUAUGAAUUCCAUUAGAUUAUUACUAUCAUGUGGUUUAUUUUCAACAAUAGUAAUUGAUUCGAUUCAAUCAUUAUCGAUUAGCAGCCGCACAUCAAUGAAUCAAUGGGCAUCGGAAGAGAAAUUCUGUGCAAAUAUUCUACAACCAUGUCAAUGUUUUGUCAAUGCAGAAACAAAUCUAUUGAGUGUCCAUUGUAAAGGUGAUGAACGAAUCGUUAAUAAUAAUUUGGAUCAGAUAUUGAUACGCAUCGCUCAAACUGUUGAUGAUAUUCAAUUUGAUGAAUUAAUUUUGGAAAAUUUUACAAAAAUCCUUGCAAUAAAUUUCACCAAAAUUCAACGGGUUCCGGUGAAAACAAUUCGUAUAUUUAAUUGCCAACAUUUGGAACGUUUUUCUGGUGAUGAUCGUUUUAAUUUAACUUCAACAUUAGCUCAAUCAUUGAUUGAAAUUGAAUUAUCCGGCAAUAAGGCCAUUGAUUCGGAUCAACUAUUCAAGUUUCUUUACACACAAUUUCCUCGGUUACAAUCAAUAAUUUUAAGCUCAAUAAAUUAUCAACAAAUUCCGGUAUUUAAUCGGAAUCAGAACAAUAAAUGUUUACCAUGGAAACGUCUGAUAUUCAAUCAUCGUUGCACAAGUCCAGAACAACAACGACAACCAAUUAUUAUUGAACAAAAAGAUCAAUUUAUUGAUCUAUGCAACGUACGAUGGUUAGAUUUGUCUUGUAUGAAUCUCAAACAUAUUAAUCAGAUGGCCAUAAUGAAACUUUGUCAAAAUCUAAAUGUGACGUCGACGACAACGAAUGGUAGACAAUUACAUGUGGAUUUAAGCUAUAAUCCACUAUUGAAUAUUGAUCAAUGGACCGGUGAUGAUGAUGUUCACAUUGAAUUUUGAUGAAAACAUUUUCAUCAUGCAACCAAAAAGCAGAUCUCGAAACAAUCAAACCUGGUUUUCUUUUGUUUUUUAUUUUGCAUUUAUUCAUACAAAUAAUAACAUUUUUAUCAACAUUACACAUCUAUAAUAAUCAAUAACACAAGAGCAAUAUAAAAUUAAAUAAAAAAAUUCCUGGAAAAUGAGUGUAUCACAGUAAUGAUAUGCAACGCUAA